AUGUCGAUACAUGUCGCUUCUGUAACAGCACCAGUUAAUAUAGCUACUUUAAAAUAUUGGGGAAAAAGAGAUAAACAAUUGAAUCUACCAACGAACUCAUCCAUCUCAGUUACUCUCUCUCAGGAUGACUUAAGAGCAUUAACAUCCGUUGCUGCCAGCCCAACAUUUACCGCUGAUAGAUUAUGGUUAAAUGGCAAAGAGGAAGCCACCGUAAGUAAUGAAAGAACACAAGCAUGUCUCUCUGAAUUACGUAAAUUAAGACAAGAAUUGGAAGGUAAAGACACGAAGCUACCGAAAUUGUCACAAUGGAACUUGCAUAUUGUUUCAGAGAAUAAUUUCCCAACUGCCGCUGGUUUGGCAUCCUCUGCCGCUGGUUUUGCAGCUUUGGUAGCCGCUAUUGCUAAGUUGUACAAAUUGGAACAAUCUAUGUCUGACUUGUCGAGGAUUGCAAGACAAGGUUCUGGUUCUGCUUGUAGAUCAUUAUUUGGUGGGUUUGUUGCAUGGGAAAUGGGAGAAAAGCAAGACGGAUCUGAUUCUCAAGCUGUACAAGUAUCCACUUUGGAUCAAUGGCCCAAUAUGAAGGCUGCCAUUCUUGUUGUUAGUCAAGCGAAGAAAGAUACGUCCUCUACCACGGGGAUGCAAUUGACCGUUAAGACGUCAGAUUUGUUCAAAGAACGUGUUGCUCAUGUAGUGCCCAAGAGAUUCAUUGAAAUGAAAGGUGCCAUUAAUGCUAAGGAUUUUGAGAAAUUUGCGGAAUUGACCAUGAAAGAUUCUAAUUCGUUCCAUGCUACUUGCUUGGAUUCAUUCCCGCCAAUAUUUUACAUGAAUGAUACUUCGAAGAAGAUCAUAAAAUUAUGUCAUUUAAUCAACGAAUUUUACAAGGAGACCAUUGUUGCUUACACAUUUGAUGCUGGUCCAAAUGCUGUUUUAUAUUAUUUAGAAGAAAACGAAGGCAAAUUAUUUGCUUUCGUUUAUCAUUUGUUUAAUAAAGUCGAAGGCUGGGAAAAGAAGUAUUCACAAGAUCAAUUGAAUCAAUUCAGUUCAUUAUUUGAAGACGACAUUGUUCCAAUAUUGAAAAACUCACUAGAUGAAGAAAUUUACAAGGGAAUUUCCAGAAUUAUUUUGACGAAAGUGGGUCCAGGUCCACAAUCUACUAAUGAAUGCCUUAUUGAGGAAUCUACUGGGCUACCUAAGAGCAUGUAA